AUGGACCUCAUCAAGAUAGCGCGGCUAAUCUCGGACCGGCUUCAAUUAUCAGAAAGACUCACGCUCAGCCAAGUCCUGAGAGAUCCGACGCCUCGGCGGCCAGCUAUUAUAAUCGAGGGAUCUGAGAGGAAAGAUGAAGUCGGCAGCCCGGUCGCUACUCUCCGGUCAAAGAGCAGAAAGAUGCCGCUGUGGCUCGUACAUCCCGGUGUCGGAGAAAUCCCGGUCUUCAUGAACCUCAUGAGGCUCAUCAACGACCGGCCAGUCUAUGCCUUCCCAGUCGCCCACCUCCGAGCCCUCAGCGACUCGGAUCGUUGGCUUGAGUUAGGCCUCGGCGAAGAGGAGUUUGUCAAGUGGGCAGAUUUGGCAUCUCCGCUCCAGCAUCUGACUCGAGACUACGAGCCACGGGGAACGAUACGCAGCAUGGAUGUAUUUGUCGCAGAUCCUCUCAAGGAGGUAGCUAUUGACCGCAAGGAUUGGGUUCUGAAUAAGCUCAGCCGGUGGCGAGAGUUUGUGAGCGAUGUGCAGUGUUAUGAUGUUCCGGGUGAACACUAUUCUAUGUUGGACGAGGUCAACGUGUCGCGGUUUGCGGAAAAGUUGAAAGAGGUCUUGGAGGCACGAGAAGGGCCGCCACGUCGGACCCUUCAGGAAGUUUCUCCUGCAGCUCUUCGGUCCGGACUAAGGUAA